CUAUUUCACAAUAUUUUUCAUAUCCUUCUUCUGUCGUCGUUUACUGUGAAAAUAGUCGUUUUCAUUGUCGUUCUUACCACCGCAUUAAAAAAAAACUUCCGUCUUUGACAAAAGGGCCGGCGUUGUGUAGAAAUUAAGAAAGGGUGGAGAACGAUGUAUUGACAACUAAGUAAAGUGUUUUCUUCAUCAAAAGUAAAAUUAAAGGUAGAAAAAAGUAUGAACAAGAAAGGGUUGGCCAUUUUGAUGCGAACCAGGAUGAGGCCUACGCCUAACAACUCAACAAACCUCUCUCACUCUAACCCUCCUAUCAAUAGCUUGGUGAAUCAGAAUCUCUCCAAUUCGGAAGAAAAUCGAUCAAAUGGACGUGAUCAACAGGGAAACUAUAAUCCCGAUGCUUCUCUCAAUAAUCAGAGGAAUUUGGAACAUGUUCGGGAAUCGAUGCAUUCUGCAAUAUCAAUGAACAAAACUGAAGUUUUAGACUCUGUACUCAAUGAUUUCGCUGAGGGCUAUUUUAGUCUUUCUCAUGAAAAUCGCCGGAAAUUACUUCUUGUGCUUGCCAAGGAGUAUGAUCUCAAUAGGACACAAGUUCGUGAAUUGAUCAAGCAAUAUCUUGGACUUCAGCUUCCAACAAGUGAAAAUGCACAAUCAGGUGGCAUAGAAGAGGAUGGUAUGCUUACGUCUUUUUAUCGUAUUGAAAGGAAUUUGAGACAUGCUCUCAAGCCAAUGUAUGAAGUUCUAUUUGAGCGUCUCAACACUCAUCCGGGGGGUUUGAAGUUCUUGUCCAUUCUUCGAUCAGAUAUUCUAUCCAUUAUCGCAGAGGAAAACUUUGCAUCUUUGCGAGCACUGGAUUCCUAUUUAAAAGAGAAGCUUAGUACAUGGUUGAGCCCUGCAGCUUUAGAGCUCCAUCAGAUCACAUGGGAUGAUUCUGCCUCAUUGCUUGAAAAGAUUGUGGCUUUUGAGGCUGUGCACCCAAUCAGCAACCUUAUAGAUCUUAAGAGAAGGCUGGGAGUUGGUCGCCGUUGUUUUGGAUAUUUACAUCCAGCAAUACCUGGUGAACCCCUUAUUUUCAUUGAAGUUGCACUUAUGAAAAAUAUUGCUGAAACAAUACAGGAAGUUCUGUGGGAUAAUCCUCCCAUACUCGAAUGUGAGGCUACUUGCGCAUUAUUUUACUCCAUAUCAUCAACUCAGCCAGGCUUAUCAGGCAUUAAUCUAGGGAAGUUUCUCAUCAAGCGUGUUAUUACACUUGUAAAACGAGACAUGCCACAUAUUUCUACAUUUGCAACCCUCAGCCCGAUCCCGGGAUACAUGCCGUGGCUCUUAUCUAAGUUGGCAUCUCAACUAAAGCUUGUUGAAGGAGAGGAAACAUCAUAUUCAUCAGCAGAUUCCAGUUCAACAUUUUGGGAGAAUAUACUUGAACGAGAAGAAGAAAGUCAGGUCAUAGAAGCUUCAAGUGAGUUCCUUGGGGGAAACAAUGGAAUGGAAGUGAUGUAUAAAUUGCUGACUUCAACAAACUAUGAGUGGACUAAAUCAGCUAAAUUGCUUUCGGCAUUGGAAAACCCUCUAAUGCGGCUUUGUGCAAGGUACCUUUUGCAAGAGAAAAAGAGAGGAAAAGCUCUUGAUUCUGUAGCAAACUUUCACUUGCAGAAUGGAGCAAUGAUUGAAAGGAUUAAUUGGAUGGCUGAUCGAUCAGAAAAAGGCCUUCGUCAAAGUGGGGGAAUUAUGGUGAACUAUGUUUACAGGGUAGAGAACAUCGAAGAAUAUGCUCAUUCGUAUUUCAGCACAGGGCACAUACAUGCUUCUACCAACCUUCGGCACUACGUUGAGACGAAGGCAGAACCUGAGUGUGAGUGAUGAUGAACUGCAAAGAUAGCAGGGUGAUUUGUGACUGUACAUGCAUUUCUUGCAAUGUGUGUUAAUGUAAAGUCUUUAUAUAUCAUUAUAUAUGUAUAUGUGCGUAAAUGGUAAAUAUUUUUUGUGUACUAUGAAGAUGCAUGAUGUCAUGUAAAAUGCUGUAAACAAAUAAGUAUGUUGCAAAGGUAACCAAGUCAAUAUAAUUCUUCAUUUACAUGC